GUUAGCCAGCGCCGCCAUAUUGAACAAGCAAUCGGGCGCCUAAGGGGGUCGGUGUGUUGCAGACAGUUCUGCAGGGCACCCUCGGAGGCUCUAGGGAGAAGGAGACUCAUUCUCCUCUUGUCCUUGAACUGGGCGCCGCGUCCCACUCCGCCUCCCCGGGAACCCUUGAGAGCCGGCAGCAACAUGUUAAGGGUACCUGUAAGAAGGGCCUUAGCAGGCCUUGCUAAAUCUCCUAAAGAAUAUGUUCGGACAACUGCCACAGCAGCAAGCAACCUGAUUGAAGUAUUUGUUGAUGGUCAGUCUGUCAUGGUGGAGCCGGGAACUACUGUCCUUCAGGCUUGUGAAAAGGUUGGCAUGCAGAUCCCUCGAUUCUGUUAUCAUGAAAGGUUGUCAGUUGCUGGAAACUGCAGGAUGUGCCUUGUUGAAAUCGAGAAAGCUCCCAAGGUUGUAGCUGCCUGUGCCAUGCCAGUAAUGAAAGGUUGGAAUAUCCUGACAAACUCAGAGAAAACUAAGAAAGCCAGAGAAGGUGUGAUGGAGUUCUUAUUAGCAAAUCACCCACUGGACUGUCCUAUCUGUGAUCAGGGAGGCGAAUGUGAUCUGCAGGACCAGUCCAUGAUGUUUGGAAGUGAUAGGAGCCGAUUUUUAGAGGGGAAACGUGCUGUAGAGGACAAGAACAUUGGGCCAUUGGUCAAGACCAUCAUGACUAGAUGUAUACAGUGUACUCGCUGCAUCAGGUUUGCAAGUGAGAUUGCAGGAGUAGAUGAUUUGGGCACAACAGGCAGAGGAAAUGACAUGCAAGUUGGCACAUAUGUUGAAAAGAUGUUUAUGUCCGAACUGUCUGGGAAUAUCAUUGAUAUCUGUCCUGUGGGUGCCCUGACCUCUAAGCCCUAUGCCUUUACUGCCCGGCCUUGGGAAACAAGAAAGACUGAAUCCAUUGAUGUCAUGGAUGCAGUUGGAAGCAAUAUUGUGGUAAGCACAAGAACUGGGGAGGUGAUGAGGAUUCUGCCAAGAAUGCAUGAGGACAUCAAUGAAGAGUGGAUCUCUGACAAAACCAGAUUUGCCUACGAUGGGCUGAAACGUCAAAGGCUUACCGAGCCGAUGGUCAGAAACGAAAAGGGGCUUUUAACCUACACCUCCUGGGAGGAUGCGCUCUCUCGUGUAGCUGGAAUGUUGCAGAGUUUUCAAGGCAAGGAUGUGGCAGCAAUCGCAGGUGGUUUGGUGGAUGCCGAAGCCCUAGUAGCUCUCAAAGAUUUGCUUAAUAGAGUGGACUCUGACACCCUGUGCACCGAAGAGGUCUUCCCCACUGCAGGGGCUGGUACAGAUUUGCGUUCCAAUUAUCUUCUUAAUACUACAAUUGCUGGUGUGGAAGAGGCAGAUGUUGUCCUUCUGGUUGGUACAAAUCCACGUUUUGAGGCACCACUGUUUAAUGCUAGAAUUCGGAAGAGCUGGCUUCAUAAUGAGUUAAAAGUGGCCCUUAUAGGCAGCCAAGUGGAUCUCACUUACAGAUAUGACCAUCUGGGAGAUUCCCCAAAAAUUCUUCAAGACAUUGCUUCCGGUAGCCAUCCAUUCAGCCAGGUCCUAAAGGAAGCUAAAAAACCUAUGGUGGUUUUAGGCAGUUCUGCACUCCAAAGAAAUGAUGGGGCAGCAAUUCUUGCAGCUGUCUCCAGCAUUGCUCAGAAGGUUCGGACAAGCAGUGGCGUUGCUGGUGACUGGAAGGUUAUGAAUAUCCUCCACAGGAUUGCAAGCCAAGUAGCUGCUUUAGAUCUUGGCUAUAAACCUGGGGUGGAAGCAAUUCGAAAGAACCCUCCCAAAGUGCUCUUUCUCCUAGGAGCAGAUGGAGGUUGUAUCACUCGACAGGACUUGCCAAAGGAUUGUUUCAUUAUUUAUCAAGGCCAUCAUGGUGAUGUCGGAGCUCCUAUAGCUGAUGUUAUUCUCCCCGGCGCUGCUUACACAGAGAAGUCUGCUACUUAUGUCAAUACUGAGGGCCGAGCUCAGCAGACUAAAGUAGCAGUGACACCUCCCGGCUUGGCAAGAGAAGACUGGAAAAUUAUAAGAGCCCUCUCGGAGAUUGCAGGUAUAACUCUUCCAUAUGAUACUCUGGAUCAAGUAAGGAACAGAUUGGAAGAAGUCUCUCCUAAUCUUGUUCGAUAUGAUGACGUUGAAGGAGCUAAUUAUUUCCAGCAAGCAAGCGAGCUCUCCAAGCUAGUGAACCAGCAACUUCUUGCUGAUCCCCUUGUGCCCCCUCAGCUGACAAUAAAAGACUUCUACAUGACAGAUUCGAUCAGCAGAGCCUCACAGACAAUGGCCAAAUGUGUUAAAGCCGUCACGGAGGGCGCCCAGGCAGUGGAGGAGCCAUCCAUAUGCUGAAACCGCUGGGAACCCAGUUUUGUCACAGACGCUUAAUGGACAGUUACAUAGGAGUGAUCUCUUAGAGGUUUAUCUCUUUAAAAGAUAAUUGGAAUGAUGUAAUAUUUAAGGUUCUGCCAUGCUCAUUUGGAAAUAAUAUUGCAGUUAUCAAAGAACUUUGAGGUUCCAAAAAAUUUAUGUAUUGUGUGUAAACAUUAAAUAGUUUAAUAAAACAUGUAUACAGAUGCUCUUUUGUGUAAAAGCAUUGAUAAUCUUUGUCAUGCAUACAAAGAAAAUGCUUAAAAUAAGAAUUUUUGUUUAUCUUUAUAGAGCAUUUAUGUUUAUAAAUAGAUGAAAUAAGUUUCCAUUAGGACCUCAUUUUUUUCUAGUACCAAAGUAAAGAUUUAAGCAUUCUAUCAGGCUAGGUACAUAAAAUAUAUAACCAUAUAUGUAUCUUGGAAAAGUAUAAUGAUAGCCAAUGAUUAUUCAGCUUUUUUCUGUAUGCUAAGCAAGCACUUUGGUUUUAUAUGUAUUUUGUUCUGUCCUUGCUCCAACCUUAUGAGGUAGUAUUAUCUCAUUUUACAGAUGAAGAAACUGCAGCCCAGCGCUAUUAGGGAGCUUGCCCAAAUUAGGGAAUUUCUGCCAUAGCAGAAAUAUGAGACUCAAGCCUAGUUCUUUGAGGCUCCAAAAUGCAGUGUUCUUAACUGAAUAAAUCACAUAAUUCCCGGCCGUUAUUACAUAUUCUGUAGGUGGUUACUUCUAAGAAUUAGUACUGAGGAAGUUAAUGGGUAACAUUUUCCUGUAUUCUCUUGAACAUGUUUCUAUGAUGUCAUGAUGGUUAUGUGAUGUUUUUCUUUGGAUAAGAGAUCUCACACACACACACCCUCUUGGAAUGAGGAAUUCCCAAGAGAUAUAUAAUGUAGGUGCUCAUUGAUGUUUUAUAUUCAUUAUAUUAGCACCAUGCACAAGUAUUAAGUCAAAUAAAUUAUUCCAGUAAU